GCGCGUGAACACUACCCCUCCUGGCGAUCCAGGAGGCGCCAAUGCCGUUCCGGCGCAGCAAAAGGAAGGAGAGGCCGCGGCAGUGGAAGCGCCGCCUCCUCAGGUCGAUGAAGAACUGGUAAUGCUCCAGAAGAAGGCCGGUGCUGGAAAGGCCGAGGUGGACAAACUCAAGUGAGCUUAUUUCGCUUAAUCCAUAAGAAUCUAAGGAGCAAAUGCUCGACACACUCAUGCACGUACAGAGCCAAAAUGUGAGGGAAGCUAAGAUCAUCGAGCUCUUGAAAAAGAAUGGAAGCAUGGCGAAGAAUUUAGAGCGUGAGCGAUUGCUGGUGGGACGAUUAAAGAAAGAUGUUUCUUAUCUCCAGAAAGAGGUUGUUCAACUGAAAGAAGAAGAAAAGCUAAGACCUCCCGAGGAACCCACGGAGGUGGAAAAAUCCAUCCAAGAAUCAAAUAUAUACAGAGACAAGUUCAUUCAGGCAACAGCAAAACUUAUGGAGGUCCAAGGAGCCAAAGCUGUGACCUCUGCGGAACUAUCCAGGUUACAGCACGCAUUGCAACGAGAAGUUGGAAAUGUUCCCAUUGUUAAGGUCCUGGAAGGAGGCCAAUUCUGGAAGGGUCGGGCGCAAAUGAUUACCCUGCUAAAGGACAAAGUCGAGGACCUUGAACAGAAAGUCCGGGAGAGAGCAUUGGAAGACCAGAAUCAUGUGUUUGAUUUGAAAGAGAAUGCUUGCAAGAAACAAAUCGAUGAGCUCGCUAAAAAUUUUCUGGCUACGCGAGAGGAGCUGCUAACAACAAAGAAAAAGGUUGAUUGCGUGCUUGCCAGAAGGAACAUUUUGGAGAACGAGAUGAACAAUGUGAAAGCAAAGAUGGGAUUGCUUGUAGCGAAGAGUGAUAGCGACGACAAACUGAUAGUGGCACUGCGUCAGGAAUGCGUCGCUUCCAAACUGGCUGUGGCACCCGAAAGGCUCAAGGAGCGGAUUAGCUGCCCCUUGAGAGUUGGCUCAUUGCAUCGAGAACACCAGCUCGCAGCGUCUUUCAACGAUCUGAAACUUCACUGCCGAGAACAGGUGAUCUCUAAAGCCAGAGCUUCUGUUUGCUGUUCUAAGCCAGCCACCGUACAGGAGCUACAAAUCAAAGCCCAGGCGGAACUAAUCGACUACCUACGAGAUAUCACAGCAGCAACUAGAGGUACCAUGGAAGUUUUCCAAGUUCCAUACUUUCCACCUCACGUCCUCGUCUUAUACAGGCGAAGAGCAACCAAAAGAAAGUGAGCAGUGACAAUCCCAGCUUGUUCAAACGGUGCAAAGCUUUCAUUUCCAUUACU